GUUUGACAUUGACGACAUUUGUGACAAUUUUAAUUGUAGAUUCCAUUUGAAUCUUGAAACUUAAGUUAAUAUUAAAAUGAAACGGUUUGUACAAUAUUGGAGAAUACAAUAAUUGCUACAGUUAACACUAUAAUUUGUUAAUAUGCUAAAAUAGUUGUCACCAAUUUCCGCAACUGAUAAGUGCUCUUUCUAUUUUUAAGUUUUCAAAAAAAUCAUAAAUUAUGAGCUAUCUAAAAUUACUGGCUCGCUUUGGUUCUGCUGGAUACCGGUCGUAUAUGCAAACAUAUCGUAAUGCUCCUAAUGCAAUUGCUAUAUUACAUAAACGAGAUUUUAAGUACGACCAGAAACGAUAUUAUAAAGAUUUUGGCCAUAAACGUGAAAAAGAACCUACAAUAACCAAAAUUUAUUACACAUUCUUAUUUACAAUGUUUUUACUGCCUAUGAUAGAUUGGGUCUGGUUGAAAAAGUUAUUAUCAGUUAAAGCAGAAAGUGAGAACAUUAGAGAAGGAAUUCAUAUACCAAGGGAAGAAUUGGAAGAUUCUGCUGAGGAUGAUAGUAAGAGGAAAAAACACAGAAGGGAAAAAAUAGGAUUUAGAGAUAGAAAGCUCCAUACCACUAGACUUGACAUCAAACUUAUAAUCGAAUACGAGAAUCGAAUAAGACACUACUCAACUCCAGAUAAAGUUUUUCGCUACUUCGCGACCCUUCAAGUUCAAGGACCAACUGUAGAUCAACACGAAAUUUACAUGACUCCUGAUGACUUCCUGAGAUCCAUGACUCCAGGUUUAAAACAACCUGAUGGACUGGGUCUAGAUCAGUACCGAAGAUACGAUCCCAAGACGGUGCAUCAAAAAUUGGAACUUACGCUAGACGAAGAUAGCAUUUUCUACAAGCUUGGGAGUUCCGGAUUAAUAACAUUUUCGGAUUACAUUUUUCUCCUGACUGUGUUAUCUACAUCUCGUCGUCAUUUCGAAAUCGCUUUCCGCAUGUUUGACCUCAACGGAGAUGGUGAUGUGGAUUGCGAAGAGUUUGAAAAGGUUGCGACGCUCAUCAGACAACAGACCAGCAUUGGAUCCAGACAUCGGGACCAUGCAAAUACAGGCAAUACUUUCAAGGGUGUCAACUCGGCCUUAACAACGUAUUUCUUUGGACCAAGUUUAAAACAAAAAUUAACUAUCGAAAAAUUCUUGGAAUUUCAAGAAAAACUUCAGAAAGAAAUUCUAAGCUUGGAGUUUCAAAGAAAGACGCCAGACGAAAAUGGAAAUAUAUCUGAAGCCGAUUUUACGGAACUGCUUCUGGCCUAUGCUGGUUAUCCCCAAAAGAAGAAAGCUAGGAUGUUAAAAAGGGUCAAAAAGACUUUCAGGGACCAUGGACAAGGAAUAUCUAGACAAGACUAUUUAAAUUUCUUCCACUUUUUAAAUAAUAUAAACGACGUCGAUACAGCUUUGACGUUCUACCAUAUAGCGGGUGCCUCUAUUGAUCAACAAACCUUAAAACAUGUUGCCAAAACAGUUGCUCAUGUUGAUCUCAGUGAUCAUGUUAUUCAUGUUGUUUUUACUAUUUUUGAUGAAAAUCAGGACGGUCAACUGAGUAACAAGGAAUUUAUAGCUGUUAUGAAGAAUAGAUUAUUAAGAGGACUAGAAAAACCCAAAGAUACUGGAUUUGUUAAAUUUAUGCAAUCUAUUUUAAAAUGUGCUAAAGAAACUAAACCUGCUCUUUUAGAUAUUUAAUUUAAAAUUUUAAAAUAAUGUUGGCUUCUUAAUAUAUUAAUAAAAUUUU